UGUCACACCUUUACAAGUGCUGCAUGGUCAAAUAGUCCAAGUGUAACUUUAGAAAAUAUUUUCCAUAAUGACAUUUCAACACUACAGGAUAAUGUAUCUACUGGUUAGAGGGUUGGUGGCAUGUUCCAUCUUCUACUGGUUUUUAGGACAUAUAUCCAGAUACAGCCGUGUGCGCCAUUCCCCUCCAAUAGAAAGUACAACCAUUCCAGAGAUUGCAUCAACCAGUGACACCUCAAAUUAUAUAAAGACAAACCCAACUAUCCAAACUGGGAACACUCUGACAUCUGGGAGGCAAACCAGGAGACCAAGCAAGCCAACUGCAUCUGCACACAAGGAGACCCUCAUGCCUAUUCUUUUCAAAAAGGACUUUAGUAAAGUGCCUGUUUGGGAUUUUGAGGAAAUUUACAUCCAGGAUAUUCAAACAAGACAGACGACGUGUCCCCGGUCUCUGCAACACACUGAGGACUCUGGCUUCAAACAUGCCUUUAUUCCUAAUGUGCAGCUGUUUAUGCACAAAGAUCACCUCAAUGUUAGUGAAUGGAACAGACUGGCACAUUUUAACAACCCAUUUGGCUUCAUGGAGUACAACUAUUCUGAGGUGAAGGCAGCCGUGGACAGAAUCCCUGAGGACAGCAUCCCGUUUAUGGCUCAGGGGGAUCCCACACGAUGUGUGCGCUGUGCUGUGGUGGCCAAUGGUGGCAUUCUCAAUGGCUCUGGCAUGGGGAAGGAGAUAGAUGCACAUGACUAUGUGUUUCGGAUGAAUGGUGCUGUCAUACAGGGUUUUGAAGAGGAUGUAGGAAAGAGAACUUCAGUUUAUGUUCACACAGCCUUCUCCAUAACCGCGUCACCUCUGCUUUUUAAAGACUUUGGGUAUAAAAGCGUUCCCCAUGAUGAGGGUAUAAAGUAUGUGAUGAUUCCUGAGGGUCUGGCUGAUUACCAGUGGCUUGAUGGUCUUUUUGCGAAAACGGCAAUUUCCUCUGGGCUGUACCAGAGCAUACAGCCAUGGACAUACUAUGCUGGACAGUUUGAUGAGAGACGCUUUUACGUUCUUCACCCAGACUUCCUUCGAUACAUCCGUAACAGAUUCUUGAAGUCUGAAUUCCUGAAUGAAGAGAAUUGGGCAAUUGUCAGACCCUCUAAUGGAGCAAUAACACUUUUUCUUGCCCUGCACACCUGUGACGUGGUGGAUGCGUAUGGAUUUAUUACUGAAGACCACAGUAAAUACUCAAACUACUAUUUUGAGAGACAUAAGAAAACCAGCAUAAUUUUCUUCGUGAAUCAUGACUACAACCUGGAGAUGAAAACCUGGAAAAGACUCCAUGACGCCAAAAUAAUCAUACUUUACCAAAGGAGAGAGGAAUCUGGAAGAGGCACUGAAAAGUGAAGCAGUAAACCAAAGAGUGGAGGAGUCAAACGAGGAGAUUGGGUAUUGAUUAAAGUUAUCAAUGAAAGGAGGGAUCUUAUGAAAACUUUAAAAUAUCCUGUCUUAUUUCUGGUUUUUCUAUUUGUUUCGAAUUUAUUUUAUUUUAUUACAAUUCUAAAAGCUUGGCUAAAGUUGUAUGUAUGUGGUGAAGGGGGCCUGUGAGCAUGUCCAGGUCUGCCGUGGAUACAUGGAUGUCGAAUGUCCACUCUGGAGUGACGGUGGGUUUUCCCCUAUAACAUCAUUAGGGUUUUCCCACUGUGUCCAGUGUGUCCACACCACUUGGCUAUAACGCUGCAUAGUCUCAUCAUUAUUGUAUGUCAACAUUGUGUAAUCGGUAAUGGGAUAUUUUUUAAAUUUGGGUUUGUUGUCACACCCUAUAAGGGUGUGAAAGGAGGGAUUUAUUUUAACUUAAAAAAUAUCCACUUUAAAUCCUCAAAUGGGUUCUUGAUUUCAAUAUCUGUGUUUAAUCAUUGGUGUUCGACUGUUCGCAUCUCAUUUGACUCAGUUACUGCUUGAUCAUGGGAGAUAAGGUGAUGCUGGGACUGUAACUCUUUUCUGCUUCAGGACGAGUCAGACCGGCGGGUCUGACUACCUAACCCCUGUUCUAAGGCCCCAUUCCCCUGGAGACCCUGCCCCAUCUGCCCCUAUGCCUCAUCAGACCUAGGAGUGGUCUGCCCCCCCCCCUUCCCCUUGAAGACCCUGUCCCACCUGCCCCAAUACAUCAUCCGAUGUUCGGGGAAGCCUGUUGUACAUUUAUGGACAGGACCAUUCAAGGUCAUCGAGAGAACCUUGCACGCCCUAAGGGUGCUGGGGAAAGGAAGUACGUGGUACCACUGGAGCAUGUGUUGUGCGGCUCCAGAAUCCAGUCAUACGUUCCAGGAGUUGGUGGAGAAGGGCCAGGAGGGGCAGUGAACCGUUUGCUAUUGCUACGAAUGUGAGAGUCCAGAAAAGAGGGUUACGACUAGGACAAGAGUGAUACUGCUUGACCACACUAGAAUUGUACUGGACUAAGAAGGUUUCCGCUAUUUUACUUAAGAGUGUGCUAUAUCAAUAUCAACAUGAGUGUUGCUGUAUCCCGUGUAUCAGGUCCCUGUGAAACCGGAUCAUUGUCUCGGCUGUGGAGAACCCAAAGACGGGGUUCCAAAUGCCGUUGCUGGGGCUGGCUGACCAGGACGAGGAGACGGUAGUUGGUCCGGGCUAUGUUGAUUGAUCUCUGGUGUUUUCAGAGAUCAAAAGAGGGAUUAAAGAAUAUAUUGUGCUUAUUAAAGUUAUGCAUUGUGCUUAUUAAAGUUAUGAACUUAGAAGUGUGCCCAGGCUUAAACAUUGGGUCUCACACUGAGUGUGGGAAGCAGGCUGUUCUUUGUGUCUCUAUGUCUUCAUUUUCAGAAACAACCUUGAAACCGGGUGGAGACGGCACCCGAGCAGGUGGGACGCGUAGGCAAGAACAACUCCCUGAUGCACGAGAGAACAAGCUCAACCCUUUUUUGAUACUUGUGUUUCAAUUGC